AGAUGAUAGUCUGUGUUUCUGAUGAGAAGUUCUAUUUUAGCGAUGACUGAAGAGGAGUCCGUGAAAAUGCUGGGAUGAAGUUGGUUGUUCCGUUCCCUCUGUUCAUAUUUUUAUUUUAAAAAUAUUUUUAUUUUUAUUUUCUUUUGUUUAUUCUUUCUCUCUAGAUAAGUAGGAAAAAUCGUUCAUAUUCGGAUGGGUGAUUAUUAAUUCUUAAGCUCUUUGCCAUGAUUCGGUUGGAGAUCAUGCAUAUGCCGAUCAGGGAGAGUCUGAUCGAGAAGCUCCGCGAAAUGGACGACAGCGAGGACAUGAUCCGAUUAGACGGCCUUGUUCCGCCGACAGAGAUGACGGAGCCUGUGAGUUUGAUGGUGGGGGAUACGAAGAAGCUUCUCAGAGCUGCGCAGAUCGAGAUCGUGAAGACGAAGCUGAGAGAGACGUGGAAAAGCUGGAUGACGUAUAAGAAGUUUGUUAGCGUUUGUGGGGAAGCCUCUUCGGUUAUGGAUCAUGGAGCCAGAAUCGCGAAGAUGCUUGAUGAUUCAGCCACGUCAUCGUUUUGUUCUCCUUCUGUCUUUACUUUCAUCUCUCAAUUUGAUUCGGCUGCUCUGUUAAUCUUCAGACUAUAUUGGUGAUCCUCUUCUCACCCUUUUCUCCUGAAGACUCGCAUGAUCAUCCAAUAGAAGCAUAUCGACACCCAUUAGUUCACCGCCUUCCUUAGCAUUCCUAGCUUCCCAAAACCAGAGCAGGCGUGUAACAACGAUCCGAGCACAACGUCGGAAAGGGAGAUCUGGGAGGCAGCCAUUGUUCUCCCGCUAUGUUGAGUGAUAACGAUGAAGCCAUAAACGCCUAUUUAUAGAGUCCAAAACCGAAGAGAUGGAAGGUUCUAGUGAAAUGAGAAGUAAUGGGCAUGAGGCGUCAAAGAAGAAGAAGGUUGGUAUCGAGCCAAAAUAAUUGAAAACCCAAGGGAAAAGAAACAUAAGUCCAAUCGUAAUGUGCUUCAUGAAAACACAUUUACUGGGCCUACUGGGGCCGAACAUACUCGCAGCCACUUUUUACGGUAUCAAACCCGGAAACAAAGCGCAAACGCGGAAGUUAAAACCGUAAGUGAAGAGUAUGACGUGUCAAGCUAAGAAAACAUUAGGAGAAUGAUGACGUGGAAGCCUAGGUGAAGAGAAGCUGCUCCUUUAUAUAUAUAGAUAUAAACCAUCAAAAUUUAUAACUAAUUUUGCAAAAUCAUCAUGAUAAAUUUGGGAGAGUGCCAACGCAAAAGCUAAAAACAAUAGG